GACCACUUUUAGGACCUAGCCGCUACCGAUACAACGAAUUCAUCUUGAGAGUUUGCGUUCGUCUGCUGUUAGCAUUUUCCUAGAGCAUUGCUGCAUGAUUGUACACUUGCUCAGAGUCGACAGUUUCGUCUACUAAGUAGAAUUCAGAAGUAUUUGCGACUUUGUUUGUCUAUCUCUUGUCUCCAACUCCAUAUCGUUGAUGCAACGUACCUGCCGAUUAUUCCUAUUUUCUUUUCACAACAAUUAAGGGUUACCACAUUGCAUCCUUCACUACCAUCCUUGACUUUUUUUCCAGUAGGAGGGAUGAUCUGAAGAAUGCAAUGUCGCAACCUCUAAAACAAGUACUAGUACAACUCUAGUAUCUCUUGUACUACAGUACAACUCAUCUAUCUCUUGUGAUGACAUAUCUUUGAUCGAAUCGGCAGGUACGUUGCAUCAACUCAUCUAUCUACUAGUACAACUCCAUAUCGUUGAUGCAACGUACCUGCCGAUUCGAUCAAAAAAAUGGGCCAGAAGUUGUUGAAGUGCAAGCAGGCGGACAACCACUCUGCCUUCGUUGCCACCAUGGACCGACUGUCUGAACCAACAGGCAACAUGGUCACUGCCCUUCGCGCGUUGGAGGAGAAUCAGGAAGCGCUGACCCUUUUAUGCUCAGCUUUUAUCCAUCUCUUUGAGCAUCUCUUCGCGGAGCUGCACAAUAUUGUUUUAUUCCUCAUAUUAAGUAGACGAAGGAAUACUACUCUCACGUGUGAGGCGGUAGGGUCGCGCGCGAACAUCAUAAUAAUAAAGAAUACUACAAGGCAAAGCAGUUGUCCUCUAGAAGAUGAAAUGAAGCGGCCGAGAUGGAUUCGAGCACACCCUAAGGCGGCUGUUACAGCGACUGUUAGCUGAAGAACCGAGACGAGGAGAAGGAGUGUCAAUGUCUCCCCAGGAAGGAAACGAGAGGAUAUCUUCUCAGUCUGGUGUAGGACAUGAUGCAGGUGGUGGAAGUGUUAUGGCUUGAAACUACGUUGUCACUAAGUCCCACUCCUCGUUGUAAAGGUGCCGACUCGUGUAAACUACGUUGUCACUAAGUCCCACUCCUCGUUGUAAAGAUGCCGACUCGUGUAAACUACGUUGUCACUAAGUCCCACUCCUCGUUGUAAAGAUGACAUUUCUAAUCCUACAACAAGUCAACUCCAACAAUCUCAAGUCAAGUCCACUCAGUGACUUGUGUCAAGGAAAUUUGUAUCUCUUCUCUUCAUCACUUCCUUUCUUUAUGCCUUUCUUCCAUGUGUCCUACGUUUCUGUCUGAAUUAGGCCUUCCUCUCAAUACUCUACGAGUACCUAUUCUACAACUUAGUAAUUGCUGUGGUUAAUGUACUUACUAAGUUAGAAAUGUCAUACAAUGUAGCACAAGUCACUAAGUCCCACUUCUUAACUUACUGUAAACUACUUAGUAAGUGUAAACUACGUUGUCACUAUAAGUUCGACUCCUCAUUUCUAAGCCUCCAACUGCCCCGCCUAAUCCUGCACACACUAGUAUAACAAGCGAGACAAGCAACAGAAGUAGCAACAGAAUAUGUUAUACCAAUGCAGAGAUAGUAGGGGAUGCACUGCGAGUUGUCCUGUGGACAUUGCCUGGCGUCUUUUCAUGGACCGCCAGAGAAACGCUAGAAUUCUUCGCUGGGAAAACACCACAAGAGAGGUAAUUACAGCCUAGUACCUAGUAGUCCUAGCGCUGCCUAUAGCACAUCAUCAUAACAAAUUGAUUGUGAUCGUUUAGAUCAUUUAUGUUCUAAUCUAGAGGAGUUGUACUCUGUAACCUUGUUUCAGAGUCGAUUUGUAACCACUGUAAUCUAGAGGAGUUGUACUCUAUAACCUUGUUUCAGAACAAGUUGUACUCUGUAAGGAUUCUAAUCUAGACCUAAAGGAAAACUGCUCUAGACCACCACUAAUCUAGAUGAUUUCUAGAUUAGUACUCUCUGGUGUAACCAUUGAUCUCUCUCAUCAGACUGUGUACUAGUACUGUAAAAAUUGGAUGAAUUCCUAUUGUUUCAAACAUACCAACUUAUCAUGAAAUGAUCUUCUUAUUUCAGAGUCGAUCUCCUACUACGGCAACGACUCGUCGCAUGCACGGGUGCAGCUCAGGUUUGUCGGAGUCGGGUUUUGCCACGAUUGCGUGAACUGCAAUAUAUACCGGGAAUAUUAUGGCAUUGCUUUUUUUGGCAUCUCUUCGUAUUUGAUCUGGUUUUAACACUUCGUUCUUGAGUAUUUGUUGCCUGGUUGUUCUCCGGGGCGGACAACUAUUAUCGGUCUUUUAGAGCAGGUGGAAGCUGUCAUAAUUUCUUUGCGUGUUAUAUUUGGUUACUGUCGAAGAAGGAGGUUGAAAGGACCAACAUAGUACAACAAGAGGAGGCUUGUAUCUUCUCUAAAGUGCGCACCAUAGUACAACAAGAGGAGGCUUGUAUCUCUAAGUCUAAUCUGCGCCCCCCUCCGCGACUACCUUGUUGCUGCAGUGGAGUGCAUAUUGAUUUACGACAAGCUGGAGUUCCAACUGACCACACUAGGGGAAGGAGAGCGACAAAUGGUCUACGGCACAGCGGUCUCGGAUCAAUUAGCGUUGUGGACAGUUACUAAUUGAACAGGAGUUCGUUGUUGCCUUUUUUAUGCGCAUACACAUGGAAAUACGGAUGAGCCAGCAGCUACUAAUAUGCUAAUUAGCAUCAGUGCUGUAGUUGUUGGAUGUGGAUUUUAUGCGCAUAGGCACAAGAAGAUACGGAUGUACCAAAAGCCAAUGACGCCAAAGCAAAUGAAAAUCUUUGCAUGCUGUGUGUGAAACAAGAAUAUCGCUGAUAAGAAAUGACGCUGAAGAGUAUCCCACGCGAUGAGGAUAAUGGAAGAUGAAAUGGUCCAACAAUGGUCACCGCAAUUUUAUGCGAUGUGCUGUCUCUCUCUCCC